CUGCACGCGUCACGGACCGCCUACACAAGUGCAAUAAUGACUACGCAAGACCUCGACGUCUCCGAGCCGCGGCGCCCGAACCCAGACACGGAUGGCGCCGCUUGGGUGGUAGACGUCGUUAAAGGUGGCAGCAAGGUCCUCGCCACGCUGGACGUGACGGCCGAGCUCCUGCCGCCGCGAAAAAAUGCGAAAGGGCGCGUCGUGUGGUCGCUGCCGGCCGAGAUCGGGCAGCAGCCGCGCCUCGGCCUCAAGGACAAGGAGCGCGUGCUGGAAGCGUAUAAAGUGCAGCGCAAGAAGCGCAAGGAGGCGAACCACGAGAAGGCCAAGGAGCUCUCGAAGGCGCAGAAGAAGAUUGAGAAGAAACAACGCUGGGCCGCGACGCGGCUCCAGGCGGAGGCGCGGCGCGGCUUCGCGCGCGACGCGAUCCGCCUGAAGCGCCAGGAGCGCGCCGUCGAGGCGCUCGCCGGGUCGCCGCCGCCCUCUCCGCCGGCGCCGGCACGGCCGAGCGUCGGCGCGCGCGCCCGCGCCCGCGCCGCGGCGGCGCCCGCCGCCGCGCCGCCGGUCACGCCGCACGCGCCGCGGCCGCGCCCGCCGCCGGACCUCGCCGUCGACGCGCCGCUCGCGGACCGCCAGGCCUGGUGCGAACAGUGGAAGGCGCGCGUCGUGGCGCACCUCGACGACUUGGCUCGCGACGCGUGGGCGGCAGCGGCGCGGCGCGCGGACGCGGCGCCGCGCCCGGCGCCGGCCGCGGUCCAGCGUUAUGCGCCGCCGCCAGCCGCGGCGCCGCCCGGGCCGCCGCCCGGCCUCCCGCCGGGCCUCGGGGCGCCCGUCGCGGCGCCGUCUGUGCCGGUGGCACCGCUCACGGCGGCGCCUGCCGCGCCCGGGGCUCUGCCGUACGGCGGCGACGUCCAGGCGGCGAUGCGCAACCAGGACCGGGCCGCAAUCCGCCAGAUCAUGAAAGCGCGCGGGACGCAAGAGACGCGGCGCGCGUCGGCGCCGGCCGCGCUGCCGCCGCCGGGCCUCGCGCAGUCGACGUCCCAGCCGACGGAGUUGCCGGAGAUGCCGGAGACGAUUUCAUUCCUCCGGUCGUCGCCGCUCGGCAUCCGGCUCUGA